GGAAACUUCGUGGAAGGUAGCAAGAGUGAGAAAUGGCCCUCACGCAGAAGCAGAACCCCCAUUUAAUCCCCUCCACCUUCCACUCUCUUUCCCCUCAACACCAAACAAGCUUUCCUUUUCCUUCCAUCCCCAUUCCCAAUGAAGCUCAUUAGCCUCACCCCCAAACGCCUCUUCCGCUCCAAAAGGGAACGCUCCAAGCUCUCCUCCCGAUCCGACCCGCCUUCGUUUGGCUCCGGAUCCUCCUCCUCCUCCUCCUCCUCCGAGGGCUCCACCCACAAACCCCACACCCCCACCAGCGUCCUCCCCGACCUCGCCCAGGCCUUCCGCCUCAUCGACCGCGACAACGACGGCCUCCUCACGCGCCACGACCUCGAGGCCCUCCUCACGCGCCUCGGCGCCCACGACGUACCCACCAUGCUCACCGAGGUCCAUGGGGACACCAUCACCGUCGAGUCCCUCGUGGACCGUGUCGGCUCGGGUAUGGAGUCCGGGUCGGACCCGGAUGAGCUGAAAGAGGUGUUUCAAGUGUUCGACACGGAUCGCGACGGGAGGAUCUCGGCGGAGGAGCUGCUGAGGGUGUUCCGCGCCAUCGGGGACGAGCGGUGCACCUUAGAGGAGUGCCGGCGCAUGAUAGAGGGAGUGGACAGAAACGGGGACGGGUUCGUCUGCUUCGAGGACUUCUCCCAGAUGAUGGACCUGCAGCACAACUGGUGAAUGGUGAAAUCAUCGUCGUCAUCAUCAUCAUCAUCUUAUCACAUGUCCAACAUUUCAAAUUUGAUGUAUAAGAUGGAAGGCAACUUCUUCAAUUUUUUUAAUCUCUUUCUUAUUAUUUUUUUAUUUCCAUGUAUAAUCUUCAGUGCCAAACUGCAAUCCAUCGUGUAUGCGAUUAGGGAAUUCCACCUUUGCCAAUCACAAGAGAAACCGUAUAUAUAAUCAACAAAUAUCUAUUUUACAAUUGGAUCA